ACGAAUUCUGAUUGGCUAAUAGGUGACGAGCUGAGCAGAAUACUGAGCUGCGAUUGGUCAAGAAAUAAAUGACACCGACGAGGAGCCUGGCCUUUUUCACUCAGUCUUUACUACAUUAUGACCGGCAGGAGGCAGCAAGAUGCCGUGGAAAGCGUCCACUCCCCCUGCUUCUUGAAAAAUGUUGGCGGAAGUCUUUCUUGAGAGGUCGACUUCGGCGAUUAAACGUAUUUUUAUAAAAGGCCUUAAUAUCCAGAUGACGCCACAAGUACGUGGUGGUCUCGUGGGAACGAAGACAUUUGUUGGACCCAUUUUGGGGACUGAACGAUAGCAACACAGCGCAAUGUAAAACUUUUGUUAUUUUAUGAUAUUAUUUAAAAUUGUAUUUUUCGCAACCCUUCUCAAUGAUUGUACGUGAACACAAACAAUGCCAUUAACAAAAGUCUAUUUCAUUAUAUUUUUAAUGAAUUUUCUUUUCAAGAUGUCGCAUUCCGGACGUGACGCUUGGACUCACGGAACGUGCAGGAAAACAUACUGAGAAACGCCUUAUCUCGGUGGCCCGUGCUUAAUGGAAGGUCUCAACCGCUGCUACAUGACCGCAAACUAUACAAGAACAUUAAGAUUGUCAAAUGAAUACAAUGAGGGAGAGUCCAAAGAUUAGCGGGAGAUGUUUUUAUGGCCGCUCGACGUUUCUGUGCUUGCCAUGAAAACAUCCAAGGCCGCCAUCGACUUGUCACAUUUCGAUCAUGAGCAAGGAGCGGCAGGACGUGUUUGCCUUGGACGAUUACGUCCAAGAACGAGGACCCACGCUGACCUUCAGCAACCUGCACUACUGCAUCCCGGAGAGCAGGUGGUGUCGAAAGAAACGGCCGGAAAAAUACAUCCUCAACAAUGUCAGCGACAUCAUGAGACCCGGAAUGAACGCCAUCAUGGGCGCCACAGGAAGCGGCAAAACAUCGCUCCUGGAUGUCAUCGCUGGGAGAAAAGAUCCCGCCGGACUCCGGCAAGGAACCAUCCUGGUGAAUGGCAAAGUGGUGACCUCUGACCUUAGGCUCAGUUCUGCAUACGUGGUCCAGGAUGACAUUCUGAUGGGAACGUUGACCGUGCGGGAGAACCUUUGCUUCAGCGCCAACCUGCGUCUGGACCCCCGACGCCACUCGUCUGCGGACAGGCACGCACGAGUGGACGCCAUCCUGGACGAGCUAGGCCUGAAUGACUGCGCGGACACCAAGAUCGGGACAGAGUUCCUGCGUGGCGUGUCGGGCGGCGAGAGGAAGCGCUGCAGCAUCGGGAUGGAGCUCAUCACCUCGCCCGCUCUCCUCUUCCUGGACGAGCCCACCACGGGCCUGGACUCCAACACGGCCAACUGCAUCAUCAGGCUACUGCACAAACUAUCCCGGCAAGGCAAGACGGUCAUCUUCUCCAUCCACCAGCCGCGCUUCUCCAUCUUCCGAUGCUUCGACCACCUGACGCUGAUGCACAAAGGCGAGGUGGUGUAUGCGGGGCCGGCCCAGCGCACCCUCCAGUACUUCACCGACCUCGGCUACCAAAUUGAGUCCUUCGACAACCCCGCUGACUUCUUCAUGGACAUCACCAAUGGCGAAGCCAAGUCCACCCUUGAGGAAAUUAAUACAACAGGUGAGCGCAAGAACGUGCUGGCGGUCAAGUAUUUCCAGUCGCAGCUGUGCCAAGACGUGCUGCGCGAGCUGGACCGCAUCAGCCUGGGCGUGGCCGGCGAGGUCAAAGGUCGGGAAGAGGCGGCCGAUUACGCCACUUCCUUCCUCUACCAGAUGCGCGUGCUGUGCGGCAGGACGGCGCUGAACACGCUCAGGAACCCGCAGACGUCGUACGCUCAGCUGGCGCUCAGCAUUUUCUUCGCCGUCCUGGUGGGCCUCAUUUAUUUCCAAACGCCCUUAACGCUGCCCGAAGCUUUGCAGAACAGGAGCGGCGCGUUCUUCUUCCUCAUCAUCAACAUGGUGUUUGGGAAUCUUUCGGCCGUGGAGCUCUUCAUCAACGAGAGGGCCAUCUUCAUCCAUGAAAACUCCAGCGGCUACUACCGCACGUCUGUCUACUUCCUGUCCAAGAUCUUCGCUGACCUCAUUCCCAAUCGCAUCAUUCCCAUCUUUAUCUUUUCCGCCAUUGCCUACUACAUGAUGGGACUGAAGUCAGCGUUGGUGGCCUUCCUGCGUUUUGCGCUGACCAUGUCGCUGGUCAGCCUGGCGGGGGUCAGCUUGGCCUUCCUGGUGUCGGCCAGCGUGUCAUCCUUCGCCAUGGCCAACAUCCUCAUCGCGCUCCCCUUCGUCUUCAUGAUGGUGUUUGGCGGCUACCUGGUCAACCUCAACGCCAUGCUGAGCUGGCUCUCUUGGCUCAAGUGGGUCAGCAUCUUCAGAUACGGACUCAACGCCGCGUUCAUCAACGAGAUGGCGGGACAGGUGUUUUACAGCAACACCACCACCGUCCCGGGCGAGCUGUUCCUCUGGAGUCUGGGCAUCGACUACUCCACGUGGGGCUUCUGGCAGAACCAGGUGGCCCUUCUGGGGAUCAUCGUGGUCUGCAUGGUCCUGGCCUACGUCCAGUUGCGCAGGAUCAACCGAUGGAAGUGAAAGCCGGUCUUUAAUUAGCGCCCGGGUGACGCACUUCCUCCAGCCCCGUGGCACGUUAUAGAAAAAAAAAAAGAUUUGCUGACACCAGACAUUAAAUUGGACUGAAUAAUCAAAACAGAG